UUCCACUACUUUUUGUUUGUUUAUUUUCCGCAACCGUCGAAUGAUGGUUUGAAUGCCAUAAAAAAUGUAAUUUGCAAUAAAAAAAAGUCAAAAAAUCAAGUUAGAUUGAUGACAUUUCAAUUUGUUUACGAUUUAUUUGUUUUUUUAAAUCAAAACUGAGAUGCAUCAGCAAACCAACGCGCAUUUUUACAAGGAAAUCGGAACCCCCCAGCCGAGGCAAUACGAGCAAGUCGGCGGCGGCGACAGCGUCGAGGCGGGCGUCGAUAAAACGAAGCUAAUAGUCAACUACAUACCGCAAUACACGGCCGAGGGCGAGCUCACCAGUAUAUUUGGGAACGUCGGCCCCCUCGAGAACGUGCGCAUCAUGAGAGAUCAUCGUACCGGCUACAGUUACGGAUUCGGCUUCGUCAAAUACAUGAACGCCGAGGAUGCGGCGAGAGCCAUCGAGAUUUUAAACGGUUUCAAGCUACGGAAUAAGCGUUUGAAGGUGUCCUACUCGCGACCGCCCGGUCAGGAUAUGAAGUACUCGAACUUGUACAUAACGAACUUGCCGAAGAACGUCACCGAAGAGGAUAUGGACAACUUGUUUGGCGAGUUCGGCGAGAUCAUACAGAGAACAGUACUGAAGGAUAAAAUUACGGGCAUGCCGCGAGGUGUCGGUUUCGUCAGAUUUUCGAAGACGGAAGAGGCACAGUCGGCCAUCGCCGCGCUAAACGGCAAGCAGUUGGAGAACGCGAUGUUACCUCUUAGUAUUCGCGUCGCCGAGGAUCACGGGAAGCAGAAGGCGCACUUUCUCGAGCACGUGAACUACGGCUGCACCAUGACCGGUGGAGGUAAGCGUAGACUUGAAUCGUACGAUAGUGACCAAUACGACAAUUGGCUCUUAGAGAAUUAUUAAGUUAACGAACCUGUUGUUCUUUGUUAUUUAUUUGUUUGUUUGUAAAGUGGUUUCUUCUGCCGCUUAGUCUUUUAAGUGCAUUUAGAAUGAUAGAUAUUUUGCUCUUGUGCUUUCAGAUCUUUAAAUAUUUAUAAUGUGAAUCAUUUCUAUUUUGAAAAAAUACAUUUUUACAUUUGUUUAUUUGA